AUGUCUUCGGUACUGGAACAAGCAAAUUCAGAAAGGUACUUCAUAAGGCCUGGCGAAAUCGAUGUAGUCGACGAAUCCGAUUUCCGGCAAAAAGUCUCGACGCAAGUUCGACAUAUAAAUAAUACCUUCUCCUCUCCACGUUUGCCGCCUAGUGGAGUUCCUCAGGGAGAUGUGCUCCCCUCUGUUUUGUUUAAUAUCUACACGUUUGAGCUGCCUUCACUUAUUACAAAGAGCGGAGUGAAAUGCAGUGCUUUUGCGAACGACGUUAAAUUAUACCAAGCACUGCAGCGCUCCAUUGAUGUAGUGAAUAGAUGGUCUAAUAAAUGGGCCCUGCCGUUGUCCACAGAAAAGACUACAUCUGUGUUGCAUCUGAGCUCGAAAAAUAGGCAGUGUCCUCAUGUGAUCGAAGGCACUCCUAUCAGGAAAAGGUUUCUUACGAAGAGUGAUGGGUUACGAGUUAUUGAUCCCGAUACUUGUGAGUGGAUUGAUAGGUUGAAGUUGACUUGCCGGUCGUUGGUAGUAAACCUUUCUACGCAGACUUACAAUACGAAGGCAUUCUUCUAUUAG